CGUUUCAGAACGGUACUUUCCACAUUCGAAAUACGUGGAGGCAAGUCAAGAAUAAAAUCAAACUUUGAAAUAGUAAAUUAGCUUUUAAAACUCAUAAUUUAUUAGUAAUCAAGCAAAAUGGUCACAAAAUACGCGAUUUGUUUGUUCGCCAUCGCGACAGUAGCGUUUGCACAGGGCUGCACGAACCCGCAAGUCGAAGCAACAUCGUUCACAAGUUUAGAUGCCACAGUUGUGACACAAAUAGCUUAUAUUACUGAGUUUACGCUGAAAUGCGACAACCCUCUGCCUGAAAACUACGCAUUGUACGCUGAAGUUGAGGGAAAACCUUUGACCGCUGCCCGUGUUGGCGAGAACAGAUACCAAGUAUCCUGGACUGAAGAGCCAGCGAAGGCCCGCUCCGGUACUCAUGAUGUCCUGAUCCUCGACGAGGAAGGCUGGGCCAACCUCCGCCGCGCCCGCCGCGCUGACCCUGCCGCUGCCGUCGCUCCCCUAAUCGCCAUCCAGUUACACCACCCAGGAAGCUACUCCGGCCCAUGGGUGAACUCGGAAGUCCUAGCCACCGCGCUCUCCAUCCUCGUCGCUUACACCGCUCUCCGCCAUAAGAGCAAGAUCCUAGCUUAA